AUGGUCGCUGACGUUCCCCCAGAAGAGACGGAGCGAUGCUGCCUCGAAGCGCUCAAAGCUGGCUAUCGCCAUAUUGAUUCUGCAGCGGUGUACAAGAAUGAAGCUGGCUGUGGCAGCGCGAUUCGCGGCUCUUCCAUCCCACGCGAUCAGAUAUUCUUCACGUCCAAAGUCAUCAAUAUUAGCUAUGAUGAAGCCAAGGCAACCGUCGAGGAGACCCUUAACCUGACAAAGCUCGAGUACAUUGACCUGAUGCUUCUCCACAAGCCAAUGGGUGGCUCCGAGAAUCGCAAGGGUGCAUGGAAAGCGGUACGCAAGCUCUUACUCAUUAUGAGUCUAAUUACCCCUAUUGACAUAUGGAUCUUUAAGUUGGUCGAGGCCGUUGAGGCUGGUAAAGUGCGCUCGAUCGGUGUCAGCAACUAUGGCGUGCAUCACCUGGACGAGCUCGAGCAACAUAUACGCGAGCUUGAAGCCGAGCGUGGCGGCAAGGGCAAAGGAGGCGUUAUCAGUAUCAACCAGGUCGAACUGCAUCCUUGGCUUGCUCGGAAAGACAUCGUCGACUGGUGUACUAAACAUGGCGUUGCUCUCCAAGCUUUCGCACCCAUUGUGCGCGGAGCCCGCUUCGAAGAGCCAUCGGUCAAGAAGUUGGCAGAGAAGUAUAACAAAACGCCUGCCCAAGUUCUCAUUCGUUGGAGUCUGGACAAGGGGUUUAUUCCGUUGCCGAAGAGUGUUACCCCAUCACGCAUUAUUGCUAAUGCGGAUGUCUAUGACUUCAAGCUGACGCCCGAGGAGGUUCAGGAACUGGAGACAGAUGAAUACAGUCCUUGUGCGUGGGAUCCAACAGUGAGAAAGCUUGAGGAAUAA